AUGCUCAAGUACGACAUCCCCACUCUGCUGUCCCUCAGCCAAAACGCACGAGUCGACCUCACCAAAUUCAGUGACCAAGCACUUGGCAACAAUCUGCUUCGACAACGCAAAGCCAGCACAAGUGUUCUGUCCGAGCAGCCAGUCAACCGGUCGAGGAACGCAUCAAAUCUCUCACGCCAGAGCGAACGGACUCUUUCAAUCCUUGAGCCUACCUUGCUCCAUCCCUGUCGACAGCCAAGUGAUCCACCGCAAGGGAUUCGGGCACACGCUGAUGCCGGGUUUGCUCGGUUUCUGAAGGAGCAUACGUCCCCGAAGCACCAGCGUGUCACGGCAGGUGGUCGAAUCGUCCCAAUGGAGCCGCCUCAAUCACCCACUCCCAAGACGAAACAGCCUGUGCACAGCAUUAAUGUAAAGACCGGCGAUGAGAAGGUAUCCAACGCUUCAUCGAGAAAUGAUAAUAGAAGCAAGCUUGAGAAUAGACAGCUGCUGCCAAAUGAUACCACCGUAAGUGUUGACAUCUCCAAGGCGGCAUCGCAGCUGGGUGGAACUCAUACUAACAUACUUGCCAUGACAUCUCAGGCUGCGGGGACAAUUGACCAGCAGUUUUCAGGCUGUGGACAAACACCAGACCUCUUGUCUGCGGCAGCCACCGCGGGUCUGUUUGCCCCACCUAGUUUUCCUUGGUCGAUGGAUGCCCAGCAAGUGCCUCAAGUUGGCCUACAAGCUCCUGAUGUCAAUUUAUCAGCGGCCUCGGAUCAUGCUUUGUAUGGCUUGGGGGCAGAUCCACUUGCAUGGCUUCCGACCAUGUAUCAAGCUUUGAGUACCCGAGGCCCUAUGGCUUCUUCCAUGCCAGCAGUCCAGCCAUAUCCACUUGUCACAUCAUCUUCCGACUUCUCUGCGGGGAGCAACACCAGCAGCGGAGGGACCGCCUCCGUCUUUAGUCAACUUCCGCCUGGAUUCGACUCCCUGUAUCCCUCCCUUGGGCUUCAGUGGAAUCAAUAUACCGGUGGACAACUCUCGGUUCUCAAUCAAUCAAUGAUGCCCAACACUCUUCAGACACCAUCCUAUCAAAAGUCUCUGGAAGAUGCUGCCAAAGAGCACCAGUCUCUCACCGGCCAGCUUUCACGUCUCGACAGGUAUAUGGCCAUGCACAGUUGGGAUCUAGAUCCAAGUUCGAAAAAGCUCUUGGUUGAGCAGCGGAUGUGUUUGGUGAGAGAGUUAGAUGCCGUCAGAAUAUACAGAGAACAUCUGGAGUGGGCUUCUGGAAGAUUGAACUCAAGCAUUUCAGCGAAACAGAAUGUGACAAACGCUGCUCCAGUGUAUGCCACCAGUAGUCUUCUGGGCAGUCAAACUCUGAUGAGCCCCGGUCUAUGUGCACCCAGCUCGAGUUGCGCGAUUCCAGCGUUACCUAUGCUGCCAAUAGCAAACGCGCUUCAGCAUCCGCUCUCUCUCAACGAGCCAGUCAACUCAGCCAUUCCGUUCCACGCCGUGCCAGAUACUCAUCUAUACAGCAACAAUACUUGCCCAACAGACGUGCGAGCAAGCCGUAACUCAUUCAGAGAGACGGACUUUUCGUACACCACACGCAUCGAACCUAUGAGAUCAGACAAGCAGGCGCAGACAUAUGGCGAGGUUAAAUCAAGAGAUCCCGGCGGGACUGGAUGGAAGACACCUACUAAGAUAGCACCUUCAGAUGUUCGCAAGGUGUAUCAUCAUAUUGAGGAUGCCACUCGUCGAGGCGAAUCCCUGGACGGACUACAAUUGCUCAAAGAGCUCUCUGAUGCUACCUCCAGGCUAGUCAAGCAAAGGAGAGAUGAGCUUCAAGAGUCGCGCAGAUCACUACCAACAGUGCCUGGCAAACAGAGCCACAAGGUUCAUGCAGGCAAUGAGACCUAUGCAGUGAAGGGAUUGUCGGAUGGACAUGAGACGUAUGCACCACUGGAACGGCACUCAAGGAAGGCCUGGAAGUCUGGGAACGAGUUGCGAAGGCCUGUGACACACGGAAAAAAGGCCCCAUUCGUGAGUGAGGCGGAUGAUGAAGAUGAUGGUGUAUCCAUUGCAUCAUACUUGUCAACGACGGACUCGUGGGCCACUAUGCAUGAAAAAGAUCGCCACCUUGACAGAAAGCUACUAGAGAGCAAAGGCAAGAGGGUGUAUCGAGAAGUUCUGACCGAAAGCAGGCCACGCGGCCCAUUCGAACAUUCUGCCGUAGCUGCUGAAGCCCUUAGAUUGACUAUCCAGCGUGUUGAAGGCCAGAACCGCAGCAUUGUAGGCGAGCAUGCGACAUACAAGCCACGCAGCCCUGCACCAUUGGUUAACCCGACUGAUCCGGCGAGACAGGCGAGCAUGGAGGAUAUGAGACAGCCCUAUCCCCAGCUUCUCACACAAUAUUUCAACAAGGAUCGGGGGCUAGCCUUCCAGAAAACGGCUGCCUUGGCUGUCUCUCAGAAUGUGAAUGCACAUGGGUUUCUGCCCCCUUUCGAAGGCCUGGGAAAUGCACCUAAUAAGCACAGGGCCGCGCCGAUGGAUAUCUCUGAAAGUGGCAGAUAUCUGCUGAGUGGAAAGGCCUCAAGCUCCAACCAGCAUGACGGACCACGGCCAAAAGAAAAGAAUGCUCUAUUCCUCGCAAAGCAAGUCUAA